GUCCAACACUAGUUGGUGCCGAGUGCCGCUACAGACUCCAACGAAGAAACGGAUGAUGAACGGCGUGACAGUAGAACGGUCGCGACGCAGAUGACUCCAAUGGAGCAGAAUGAGAUCAGUCGGCAAAGGGUAUCGGUGGCAAGCCAGACUGAGUUUGGUCAGUCGGCUAAGCGUAAAGGGAUAUCUCCCUUGGCUAAGAAAAAGACAAACUGUAGCAAAACACCUAGGAGGCUGGACGAGAUGACAUACGCGGAAAUGUUAAGAGAUGUGGAAUCUGAAUGGACGCGCUUCGAGGGACGAAGGAGAGUCCGAAGCCGAAUAGCGAGCUCGACGGGCACAGGGGGGCUUAAUGGCAGGACUUCGGUAAGAGUAACCAGAGAGAGAAUGCCGAGAAGAAGAAGCGAGGCGAUCCUCGUUAAGGUCGGACAGGACACCAAUUGGAUUGACUCUUACAGGAAGGUGGCCAAGGUGAAGAGCGCCAUUGAGGAGACGACAACAGUGAGGAAGACCAGAGCCGGGCAUAUCCUGAUCGAGCUCACCAGUAAAGUAACGACGGGCGAGGUCGCUGACAGUCUCAAGAAAGCUAUGCGGCAGGGUACGGAGAUAGUUCCUCUCAGAGAAAAUAUAAAAUUAAAUUAAAAAUAUAGAUCAGAUAACUAUAAGGGAAGAACUAAUGCAGGAUAUGGCAACGGGAUUGACAUUAAAGAGGAGCAAUGUAUACAAGUGAAGUCCUUAAGGCCAUGACGCCAUGAGGAACGCAGCAGGCGGUAGUUGUGCUGCCGGCGAGCACCGUACCCAAAGACAGGCCGAUUAGAAUUGAAACAGGGCUGACAACAACGACGGCUAGGAUUUUGUCCACCAUAGUGAGAUGUUAUAGAUGUCACAUGUUGAGGCAUAAUGCUGCCAGGUGUACGGCGGUAAGCCCAGGUAAGGAGC